CAGGCUAACUCAUUUCCACCAGCUGACGUUAACAUGUCUGCGCGUGCAGCGCGCGACACCGAUCUGGCUGAGAAACAUGAGCAAAUCCAGUGAGCUGUCUGCCUGUAUCCUUCUCACACUCCGUUAUGUGCGCCGUCAGUCUGCGGCGGAGAGCGGAGCUGCUGCAGCAGCGGACGGAGGGUUCGGGAGAGCAGCUCCACCGGCGGCGGCAGGCGGAGGAGUGCGAGGCGGCGCGCCGCAGGAACGGCGCCCUGCUGCAGGAUUUACAGCAGAUAGAAGAGCGUCUCAGAGGGACGUGGCUGCCGCCUCCACAUCUCCUGGCUCUGGAGACAAGAUACUGGGCGUCUGUGGAAGAAUCUCUCCCAGCCUGGGAGGACUUCUUCCUGGGUAAAGGCCCGCACCCUGCUCCUGGCACAGUACCGCCCCCCAGGAGAGCCCGCCUGCCGCCCCGCCAACGGCCCAGAACUGCUCGACUGGAGCGCUGAUGCUGAGAGCGAGAGAGAGUCCCGACGUCCACCAUCAUAAGCCGCUUGAUCCGGGUGUAGAUGGACCCACGUCUCUGUGAGGACGACCUCCUGCUGCGUUCAGCCACCUCCUUCCUCGGCGUGCAGGCAUCACCCCGACAGAGGCAUGCUGGGUAGUGGAGUAGCCUCUGGUCCUAGCUCCUCCCUGCACAGCGUGGUGGCGUUUGAUAGUGGAGAUCGUCUCAAAGUCUGCUGCACAAAUUCCCUUUCAGACGUUGAUGAAUUCAUUCUGUCAUAUGCCGUUAGUGAUAAAUCUAUGAAUCAAUACAUAAAGAGGAGUGAUGGCCCUCAAGCACUAAUCACUUUAAAUCUCAAAUAAAGUGCUAAAAGACAA